CCCCCGUCGCCCCGCGGCCGCGCGGCGUCACCACCACUUCGGAGAAGGCCAGGCCCGUCUUCCCCCGCGGGCUUCCCCGCGCCCGCACCGCCGAGGCCCCAGCACGCGCCCGGGGGAGCCGCGAAGACGGCGGGGACUACAGCUCCCAGGAUGCCGAGCACAGGCGCGCCUGCGCAGUGCGGCCGGAGGCGGCGGUCUGUUCUCCGCUGAGGAGGAGCGGGGCAGAGGAGGGAGGCAGCGGGUGAGAGUUCAGAGUUCAGCAGCAGCAGCCCGAGCCCAUGAUUCCCAUAUGCCCUGUAGUUUCUUUCACCUAUGUGCCCAGCCGGCUGGGGGAAGAUGCCAAAAUGGCGACCGGCAACUACUUUGGAUUCACCCACAGCGGGGCGGCGGCGGCGGCGGCUGCGGCCCAAUAUAGCCAGCAGCCAGCUUCGGGUGUAGCCUAUUCUCAUCCAACUACAGUUGCUAGCUACACUGUCCAUCAGGCUCCAGUAGCUGCUCACACAGUUACUGCUGCCUAUGCACCAGCAGCCGCCACAGUUGCAGUUGCCAGGCCUGCUCCAGUAGCUGUUGCAGCUGCUGCAACAGCUGCUGCUUAUGGAGGCUACCCCACUGCACACACAGCAACUGACUAUGGUUAUACUCAGAGGCAACAAGAAGCACCACCACCACCACCCCCAGCUACUACACAAAACUACCAGGAUUCAUACUCAUAUGUAAGGUCCACAGCUCCUGCUGUAGCUUAUGAUAGUAAGCAAUACUACCAACAACCAACAGCAACUGCUGCUGCUGUAGCUGCCGCUGCCCAACCUCAGCCUUCUGUUGCUGAAACUUACUAUCAGACAGCCCCCAAAGCAGGUUACAGCCAAGGUGCAACUCAGUAUACUCAAGCCCAGCAAACUCGACAGGUGACAGCCAUAAAACCAGCCACACCAAGUCCAGCUACCACUACUUUCUCCAUCUAUCCUGUAUCCUCCACCGUACAGCCAGUAGCAGCUGCGGCUACUGUGGUGCCAUCCUAUACUCAGAGUGCUACUUACAGUACCACAGCAGUUACAUAUUCUGGUACGUCUUAUUCAGGUUAUGAAGCAGCAGUGUAUUCAGCUGCAUCUUCCUACUAUCAACAGCAGCAGCAGCAGCAGAAGCAGGCAGCAGCAGCAGCAGCUGCUGCUGCUGCAACAGCUGCCUGGACAGGGACCACCUUUACUAAAAAAGCACCAUUCCAAAAUAAACAACUGAAACCAAAACAGCCUCCCAAACCACCACAGAUUCACUAUUGUGAUGUUUGUAAGAUCAGCUGUGCUGGACCACAGACUUAUAAAGAACAUUUAGAAGGACAGAAACAUAAAAAAAAAGAAGCUGCAUUGAAAGCCUCACAAAAUACCAGCAGCAGCAACAGUUCUACUCGUGGGACUCAAAAUCAGCUACGUUGUGAGCUCUGCGAUGUGUCUUGUACAGGAGCAGAUGCGUAUGCUGCCCACAUUCGUGGUGCUAAGCACCAGAAAGUGGUUAAGUUACACACAAAACUUGGUAAACCCAUUCCAUCAACAGAACCAAACGUUGUUAGCCAAGCUACUUCUUCAACAGCUGUAUCUGCUUCAAAGCCGACUGCCUCUCCUUCAAGCAUUGCCGCAAACAAUUGUACUGUGAAUACGUCAUCAAUUGCAACGUCUUCAAUGAAGGGUCUUACGACUACAGGAAACUCGUCUCUUAAUAGCACAUCUAACACUAAAGUAUCAGCAGUGCCUACAAAUAUGGCUGCCAAGAAAACAUCUACCCCCAAAAUAAAUUUUGUUGGUGGUAAUAAGCUGCAGUCAACAGGAAAUAAAGCAGAAGACAUAAAAGGAACCGAAUGUGUUAAAAGUACUCCUGUCACUUCUGCUGUGCAGAUUCCUGAAGUAAAGCAAGACACAGUGUCAGAACCAGUCACACCUGCAUCUCUUGCUGCUUUACAGAGUGAUGUGCAGCCAGUGGGCCAUGAUUAUGUGGAAGAGGUACGAAAUGAUGAAGGAAAAGUAAUUCGGUUCCAUUGUAAAUUAUGCGAGUGCAGCUUUAAUGAUCCCAAUGCUAAGGAGAUGCACUUAAAAGGGCGAAGACACAGACUUCAAUAUAAAAAAAAAGUAAAUCCAGAUUUGCAAGUAGAAGUAAAGCCUAGUAUUCGAGCAAGAAAGAUUCAAGAAGAGAAAAUGAGGAAGCAAAUGCAGAAGGAGGAGUACUGGCGAAGACGAGAAGAAGAGGAGCGUUGGAGAAUGGAAAUGAGACGUUAUGAAGAGGACAUGUACUGGAGGAGAAUGGAGGAAGAACAACAUCAUUGGGAUGAUCGCCGCCGAAUGCCAGAUGGAGGUUAUCCUCAUGGUCCUCCAGGCCCAUUAGGCCUUCUGGGAGUCCGACCAGGCAUGCCUCCUCAGCCUCAGGGGCCUGCACCCUUACGUCGUCCUGACUCAUCUGAUGACCGUUAUGUAAUGACAAAACAUGCCACCAUUUAUCCAACUGAAGAGGAGUUACAGGCAGUUCAGAAAAUUGUUUCUAUUACUGAACGUGCUUUAAAACUCGUUUCAGACAGUUUGUCUGAACAUGAGAAGAACAAGAACAAAGAGGGAGAUGAUAAGAAAGAGGGAGGUAAAGACAGAGCUUUGAAAGGAGUUUUGCGAGUGGGAGUAUUGGCAAAAGGAUUACUUCUCCGAGGAGAUAGAAAUGUCAACCUUGUUUUGCUGUGCUCAGAGAAACCUUCAAAGACAUUAUUAAGCCGUAUUGCAGAAAACCUACCCAAACAGCUUGCUGUUAUAAGCCCUGAGAAGUAUGACAUAAAAUGUGCUGUAUCUGAAGCGGCAAUAAUUUUGAAUUCAUGUGUGGAACCCAAAAUGCAAGUCACUAUCACACUGACAUCUCCAAUUAUUCGAGAAGAGAACAUGAGGGAAGGAGAUGUAACCUCGGGUAUGGUGAAAGACCCACCGGACGUCUUGGACAGGCAAAAAUGCCUUGACGCUCUGGCUGCUCUACGCCACGCUAAGUGGUUCCAGGCUAGAGCUAAUGGUCUGCAGUCCUGUGUGAUUAUCAUACGCAUUCUUCGAGACCUCUGUCAGCGAGUUCCAACUUGGUCUGAUUUUCCAAGCUGGGCUAUGGAGUUACUAGUAGAGAAAGCAAUCAGCAGUGCUUCUAGCCCUCAGAGCCCUGGGGAUGCACUGAGAAGAGUUUUUGAAUGCAUUUCUUCAGGGAUUAUUCUUAAAGGUAGUCCUGGACUUCUGGAUCCUUGUGAAAAGGAUCCCUUUGAUACCUUGGCAACAAUGACUGACCAGCAGCGUGAAGACAUCACAUCCAGUGCACAGUUUGCAUUGAGACUCCUUGCAUUCCGCCAGAUACACAAAGUUCUAGGCAUGGAUCCAUUACCGCAAAUGAGCCAACGUUUUAACAUCCACAACAACAGGAAACGAAGAAGAGAUAGUGAUGGAGUUGAUGGAUUUGAAGCUGAGGGGAAAAAAGACAAAAAAGAUUAUGAUAACUUUUAAAAAGUGUCUGUAAAUCUUCAGUGUUAAAAAACAGAUGCCCAUUUGUUGGCUGUUUUUCAUUCAUAAUAAUGUCUACAUUGAAAAAUUUAUCAAGAAUUUAAAGGAUUUCAUGGAAGAACCAAGUUUUUCUAUGACAUUAAAAAAUGUACAGUGUUAGGUAUUAUUUGAAUGGAAAGACACCCAAAAAAAAAAAAAAUGUGCUCCGACUAGGGGGAAAACAGUAGUUCCCAUUUUUUCCCAUUAUUUUUAUUUUAUUUUCUGGUUGCCCUAGCUUCCCCACCUAUUUUUGUGUCUUUUAUUAACUAGUGCAUUGUCUUAUUAAAUCUUCACUGUAUUUAAUGCAGGAUUUGUGCUUCAGUUGCUCUGUGUAUUUUGAUAUUUUAAUUUAGAGGUUUUGUUUGCUUUUUGACACUAGUUGUAAGUUGCUUUGUUAUAGAUGAUAUCCUUUACCCCUUCUUAAUAUUUUACAGCAGUACGUUUUUUUGUAACGUGAGACUGCAGAGUUUGUUUUUCUAUAUGUGAAGGAUUACAACACAAAAAGUUAUCCUGCCAUUCGAGUGCUCAGAACUGAAUGUUUCUGCAGAUCUUGUGGCAUUUGUCUCUAGUGUGAUAUAUAAAGGUGUAAUUAAGACAGAGUUCUGUUAAUCUAAUCAAGUUUGCUGUUAGUUGUGCAUUAGCAGUAUAAAAGCUAAUAUAUACUAUAUGGUCUUGCAACAGUUUUAAAGCCUCUGCAUAAUUGAUAAUAAAAAUGCAUGACAUUCUUGUUUUUAAUAGACUUUUAAAAUCAUAAUUUUAGGUUUAACACGUAGAUCUUUGUACAGUUGACUUUUUGACAUAGCAAGGCCAAAAAUAACUUUCUGAAUAUUUUUUUCUUGUGUAUAAGUGGAAAGGGCAUUUUUCACAUAUAAGUGGGCUAACCAAUAUUUUCAAAAGAACUUCAUCAUUGUGCAACUAACAACAGUAACUAGCCCUUAAUUAUGGUGACAGUUCCUUAUUGGUGUGUGUGAGAUUACUCUAGCAACUAUUACAGUAUAACACAGAUGAUCUUCUCCACACACCCCAUCACCCAGAUAAUUUACAGUUCUAUUAACAGUGAGGUUGAUAAAGUAUUACUGAUAAAAAAUUAAGGAAAAAAACAGAAAAUUAUUUGGUGUGGCCAUCUUACAUGCUUAUGUCUCCUACACAAAGCUAAAUAUUCUAGCAGUGAUGUAAUGAAAAAUUACAUCUUACUGUUGAUAUAUGUAUGCUCUGGUACACAGAUGUCAUUUUGUUGUCACAGCACUACAGUGAAAUACACAAAAAAUGAAAUUCAUAUAAUGACUUAAAUGUAUUAUAUGUUAGAAUUGACAACAUAAACUACUUUUGCUUUGAAAUGAUGUAUGCUUCAGUAAAAUCAUAUUCAAAUUUA